UCUCUUUUGUUUUUUUCUAUUGAAUAAAUUUCCCUUUUUUCAUCCUGUGUUUUUUUACUGAACUUCUGAAGUUUUACAAAACAAGGACUCAAAAGGGGAUAAUGAACCUAUCAAAAGAGGAAAAAAAAAAAUCACUCUAUUAACAAACUGUGAGAUUAUCUCCACGGGUGUUUCAGGUUUACAAUCUCAAUUUCCCUUAAAGGGUUUGAUUGUUACAUUUGUAGCUAAUUUAAAAGGUAUGGCAUCAUCUCAUGGCAACACUCACAAUGAAGCAGCAAAAAUGGAAAAAGUUAUCACUGAAUUCUUCUAUAAGAGUCUUCUUAUAAUUCUUGAAUCAAGGUCUCCGUAUGUGUCAUCGUGUAAUUAUAGUGGUGAACAAACUGUGUCAUCUCCAUCUUCAUCCUCAUCAUCUUCGUCAAGUGUGAGGCCAAGAGAUAGGUGGUUCAAUUUAGCUCUUAGGGAGUGCCCUUCAUGGCUAGAAAAUCUUGAUCUUUGUGGCCAGAGUAAUUUUGAGCCGGUAGUGGUUGAUGUUAUAAUGGAGCAGAAGCCACUUGAUUGGGAACCUGUGACCUUUUCCCCCGAAGUGGAUCUCGUUAGGCAUUUGUCGUCAAAUUAUAGGAAUUUGUUUUUCUAAUUCUGAUUAGGUUUCAAAUAAUGGUUGUGCAGCGGCAUU